AUGAAGAAAAGUUUCGUGGCAAUUUUUGCCUGCCUCCUUAUCUUUAACGCUGCAUAUUCCUUAAGUCUAAGCAGCGUGAAUGAACAUGUUUAUGACCAUUUGACCAGGGAUAACAGUGACGAAAAUGGCGAUUUAAAUUUAAUGCAAAAUAGCUUUCCUCACAGAAUUAAACGGAGGUAUAACAACAAUUUAAGCAAUGAAUCAGAUAGUGCAAUGCAACCCGGUGAAAUGCGCAGAGACAGUUCUGUAUAUUUAGAUUUCACAAAUCAUAGUGCACAUUUAGAAGGAGAUUCUUCACCCACUGCUGCUGCAGUGGAUAAAGGCAGAAAUAACUUCCAGCGCUCACAAAAAAAUACACUACCUAGCACGGAAAAAAAAGCUGUAGUUGAUAGCACCCCUCAGGGGGCAAAUACGCACGGUAGGAAGUACAGCACUUGGAUUACAAAAAGUGAACAAGAAAAAGAACGUUCUGUUCGAAGUAAAAAUGAUGUUAAAAGGAAUGGCACUGAGAGGGGAUUAUUUAGGAAAGGUGAUACAGACAGCAAGCCUCAACUAACCAAUUUUGAAGACGACGUGGUUGAAAGCGGGGAUGAAGACGAUGGUUUCCCAAACACGGAUGGUGACUUAGGUGAUGACUCCAUCGACAAUUUGUUCGGCGGCGAUGAUGACUUAGGUGAUAGCUCCAUGGACAACUUGUUCGGCGGCGAUGAUGACUUAGGUGACAAUUCUGCAGAUAAUUUUUUCAGCGAUGAGGGAGACAGUUUGGUGCAUACCAGUAGUGAAGAGAUUGACAACGAUUUGGGGGAUAAUAUUUUAAGCGCGGAAGAUAGCGAUAGUUUGAUGGAUUCGAUCCAAGAUGAUCUUGGUGAUGGCUCUAUCGACCAAUUGUUUACCGAUGACAUCGAUAUGGAUAGCGGCGGUGAUUUAUUUAGCAUCCGGGGUGGCGAUCCACGUGGCGACAAUUUAUCAAACGAUGGUCACUACCAGUCAGAUAAUAGAGGAAAUGUCUCACUUGGUGACGCUUUGGUAGAUUCUUUAACGGAUGAGCCAAACGUGUUAGGCAGCAUUCGGGAUGACCUGCCCCUUGAUGACCCAUUGGAUAAUGUGCGUUCUACAUACAGUAGCAGUAGCAGCAACGGUAUGAGCAGCAAUAGCGGUGGGGUCCAAAUGGAUAAUGGGAAGAAAACUGACGCACAAGGAAAGGCCAUUCCCAGCAACGCGAAUGACUCGAAGGGCACGGAAAAAAACACAGUGAAGAGUAAGGAUGAGCCUAAAGGAGAAAGAAACUCAACACUCCCCGUCGAAUGGAGUGGUACCAGCAGGGGCGUCACUACUAAGGAGGGACCCCACAUUGAGGAAAGACCCCCAUUAGACAGCGUUAAUAAAAGGGGUAACAAAGGAGAGGAAAACGCGAAGGAAAAAAACAAUUUUGCAGAUGCGUCAAGCGCUGAGAACAGGGUGCGGCCGACCCUCAUCGAUGAAACCAUAAAAAUAACAGCCAACCCUAACUAUAAAGUAAAUCAAACGGAGGGGAAGGAAAAGAAGAAACGUGAUACUCAUCCCAAAGGUAGAGGGAAAAAGAAUCGACCUUCGUCCAAAAGAAGGAAUGCCAGAAGUUACAAAGUAGACAGGGGGGAAACCCGGAUGGAUAACUUGAGCAGAAGUGCGGAGCAGAGUGGUAAACCCACUUUACCUGAAGGGGGUGCACACAGUGGUAGCGAGAGCCCAUCGGACCUGUCCGUCACAAUAGAGUUGCCACGCGGAGAGGGUGAAGUCAAAAAAGCAGAAGCUGUUAUGAUCCCAGAGAAGGAAAGUACGGAGGAGGAAAAAGAGCUAAGCCUUCUCCAGAUGAGCGCUGAAAAGGGUGACCGUGCAGGCGAAGCGAACGAGAAUGCCGGCGAAGCGAACGAGGAUACCGACGAGGCGAACGAGGAUACCGACGAAGCGAACGAAGAUACCGACGAAGCGAAAGGUGAUCCCCAAGAUGAACUCUUCUCAGAAAAAGUGAAGGAAGAUAAAAACCUAGAAAGAUUCGGAGAAGAAGAAACUGUGGAAAACAUAGCAUCCCUAGAGCACCCACUAAUUAGGAGGAAAAAAAAUAUAGUAAAAAAUUCACGUAAGAUGUAUGAUUUAAGUCUGUAUAACUGUACCUUCAUAGAGGACUGGGACUUGAAUCAUGAGUACAUGGAUGAAGAGGGUACGUUGGUCAAGUUAAGUGGAUAUGUUUUCCAAAAUAUGGUGAAUUCGGAUUUGAUGCCCACGGCAAAUAUAACAGACUGGAAGUUAAAAGGAUCAUGUGAUUACGAUAAGUAUGUGUGUGGUGCUUUGGGCUACAUGAAUAACGUGUACAGCAAAGGUGAACGGGUUAUAUUUGAAGGUCGAGUGUACGAGGCCACCAGCGAUGCCUACGGCACUCCGAGGGAGAUGGAGAAUGUGUGGAUGGAGAAGACGGAUGACUGUUACGAUUUUUAG